AUAUAUAAACGGGCAGGAUAUUAAAGGAAGAAAAAAAAACCUCGGUCCUUGCUAGUGGCAGUUGGAAUUUAUACAUUUGUGGUGAAUUAUUAAUGAAGUAAUCAGCGUUUGGGAAGGUUGUGAUUGACAUUAAAGAGAAGCAAAAAUCAUGGAUCCAGAGGCGUUAGCAGCAAUAGGGGAGCGAGAUUUAACAGUUGAGGAGAAAAAAGAAAUACGCAAAGUUUACCGGUCCAUCGACACAAACGGUGAUAACCAAUUGAGUGCUGACGAAAUCUUGAGGGGUGCCCAUCUACUUGGUAUAAACCCGACCAGAGAGGAAGUGACGUCAUGGAUGUCAGAAACAGAUAAAGAUGGUAAUGGUUACAUGGGAUAUAAAGAAUUUUUCGAGGCAAUGAAACUAAAGUUGCUUUCCAAAGAACACGAUAGAAGACAGCUGGAAAAAGCUUUCAAAAAGUUUGACACAAAAAACAAUGGUUACUUGAAUAAGGAACAACUCGCCAAGGCUUUGAGAAAAUAUGGCGAAGAAUUUUCAGCUGAAGAAGAAGAGGAAUUCUUUCGAAUAGCUGACGCCAACGGGGAUGGCAAAAUUCAAGUAGAAGAAUUCGUGGAUCUUUUCAUGGGUUGAUAUCAGUGGAAAAUGGCGUCUUUCAAAACAUCAGGGAAACAUUUUUGUUCUUAUUGUAUUUCAUGUAAAACCAACUGUUUUUUUUAAAAUUCAACGCACAUAAUAAACAUUUAAAG